AUGUUCGCUAUUGGCAGGAUCGAGGAGUUUGAUGAGUCCAAAGAAGACACCGAAGUCUACCUCGAGCGCUUAGAGCAUUGGAUGGCAGCAAAUAAAAUCACGGCCCCACCGGCAGACCAAGCGGACGCCAUCGACUCGCGCGUAUGUGUAAUACUGACAGUCAUAGGCGCCAGCACGUAUGGGGUACUGAGGAAUCUCCUAACACCAACCUCACCCAAUACCAAGACGUGCACAGAACUGGUCCAGACGCUGAAGGCCCAUUUUAAACCACAGUCACUGGUGAUAGCUGAGCGUUUCCGAUUCAAUCGCCGGGAUCAGCAAACAGGAGAAACCAUUACGGCUUACGUCGUGGCGUUGAAACACCAAGCGAGCAGAUGCAAGUUUGGAGCGUUUUUAGAAGAAUCGCUACGUGACAAGUUAAAAGAUUUGACGUUCAAGAGAGCGUGUGACUUAGCUCAAGCUAUGGAGCUAGCCGCAAGGGACACCGCUGAGUUGGCUAGUCAUGCAAAACCUAGAGAGUCAACCGUCCACCUAGUGUCCACAGCGACAAAGAAAGAGUUCAGGAAACCAACAAUCGAUAAGGGAGAACAGUGUGAUCGUUGUGGUGGUAAACAUGAUGCGCAGAAAUGCUGGCACAAGAAGAGUAAAUGCCACCACUGCACUAAGGUGGGCCACCUCAAACACAUGUGCAAGAGCAAGAACAAGACACAGUUGGAGACCAAGUUGGUAGAUUGUAAUGAACGAGAAGAGGACCAAGACACAGCAGAAGAUACGGAUGAAUUUGGAAUGUAUUACAUUCAGAAGGCCCAGGACAUUGCAUCUGAACUACUGUACAAUUGCCAUCGACGACGGUACUCCUUGGAAAAGACGAAUUUCAAACUGAGAGACUACCAUGGAAGGCCACUAGAGAUAAAAGGAGUUACUCGGGUCCUAGUGCAAUAUGAAAGACAGAAACGAAACCUACCCCUGGUGAUUGUUGCUGGAAAUCGGCCAGCACUGUUGGGCAGAAAUUGGCUGGAAGUGAUACGCAUUAACUGGCCUAGGAUAUGCUACGUUGACAUAAAAGGGGAAGCGCGGACCAAAGACACAGAGGUGGAGGAGAUCAUUGAGCGACACCAGGCAGUGUUCAAAGAUGGAUACAGUGUCAUCAAAGAUUUCAAGGCAACAAUACAUUUGAAGCAGGGAGCCAAGCCAGUAUUUCGGAAAAACAGAGCAGUACCCUAUGCUAUGACGGAAGCUAUUGCCACGGAAUUAGACCGCCUGGAGAAGAACAAGAACGUCAGUAAGGUGGACCAUUCGGAGUGGGCAACCCCAACAGUGAACAUAUCAAAGAAAGACAAGACGGUACGCAUCUGUGAUGAUUACAAGGUCACACUCAACCAACUGAUAGACAUAGAUCUUUACCCUCUUCCCACAGCAGAGGAUAUAUUUGCGACAUUAGCUGGAGAAAUUUCAACAAUCCUCCAGCCAUUGGACGAACUGAGACACAAGAAGGGCGUGUGGUUAUGGAACGAUAAAUGUGAGAAAGCGUUUCAGGAAAGCAAACAGAUGAUCUUAGGGGCACGGGUGUUAUGCCACUACGAUGCAAAGAAGCCUCUCAAGCUUGCGUGCGACGCCUUGGCGUAUGAUUUAGGGGCAGUACUAUUACACCAGGACGGGCAGGAAGAACGCCCAAUUGCCUUUGCCUCUCGGAUAAUGACAACCACGGGAAGGAAUUACUCACAAGUUGAGCGCGAAGCACUGGCCAUAAUAUUUGGAAUGAAGAAGUUUUAUCAAUCUAUUUGA